UGACUGCCGAGUCAGGACGUCUUUCCUUUGUACAGCUCUCCUGUGGAUAAAAAUCACUAUUUCAAUUCAAAAAUGGCUUCUUCCACUGAGGAACAAAGCGAUAUUGUCAUAUCAGCUACGGAUCCCGAAUCCUCGCAACAAAAUGCUACUUGUAUAAUGGCUGAUGAACAGAACCAUUUGGAAUCUGAAUCGCAAGCAGAAGUAGAUGUAUCCCAUGGUACAUCACACAGCACAGGCUUUACCAUGACAGCCUGUGACAUCUCUUUGCCAAGAGAUAUGGCCUCAGAGUUUUCCCAUCAUGCUGUGGAGGAAGGUGUCCCAUCAGCUGGCUCAGCAUUUCAUGUGGUCAGCCAUUCUGACGGGCACAAGGACCUGGUUGCUGGCACACCUGAGCAUUCCACAAGCUCCAGGGAAAAUUCUUCUUUACCUCCAUUUUCAACUAAAAACACAGGUAUUGCAGAAGGUGAGAGCCAGGUCAAACAUUUUUCAGCCCAUAUUGUUGAGCAACAUGGGCAACAGAAUGAACAGGUGAAUAGCACUGAGCAACAUGACCAGGUCACCGAACAAUCUGAACUUAAAGAAGAAAAUGAGCUGCUUUUAUUGUCUAAGGAGAAAUCUGAGGUAGAUAACGAAGACAUUGAUGACGCAGUUGAGAAAGCACUUCUUGCAGAUGAACCAGGUAUUAAUCCAGAAACAAAGCAGACUUCUGAAAAUAUGGAUGUAUGUGAAAUAUCAAGUGACUCUAAACAAGGUCCUAACUUUGAGUUUAUAAAGCCUGAGGCAUUCCACACCAUAGAAUCAUUGCACAAACACACUGUUGUCUCAGGAAACAGUACCGACAAUGAUGUUGAAAGUGAGUUAAGAAAAAAAUCUAAAGUACCCUCACAUCUCCCUGAGAAAGUUUUUGAUAUUGAUGAAGAGACUAGAAUGGGUUUGGAUCAGACUCCGGUUGAUAGUAAUGUUCUGGGGUCCUCUUUCACAUACCCAUCUCUGCCCCCUAAGAAAUUGUUUCACUUAGACGACACCAAAGAUUCUGACCCGUCAGACAUUGAGACCAAACUCUCCACCAUGACAGACACAGAAGACAUUCGUCUAAUUAACACCAUUAGUGUUGAUGAUGCUACUAAAGACUCAGCAGCCUCAGAUUCUAAUGCAGAAGCUCCAACUCCUAGAAAACAAAGAAGAGCCAGUAAGGAAGGCGCUAGUGUAACCCAGGUGGAGGGACUAGAGAUUGGAGAGCGAGUAUUCAGUGCAGAAAAUCUGUUUGAGUACCAGUGGCCAUUAGAUGGUGGAGAAUGGCAUCUGUUGCAAGAGCAAGUCAGUGAAUACCUCAAGGUGAAGUCCUUUAAAAGAAAAUACCCAGAUUUGUAUAGACGUACUUGUGACAAAGAAGAGAAAGAUUUUUUGAGAGAGAAAGGAGUUGUUACAGAGACCCAGUCUGAUCUUGGUUUGACGGCUUUAAGAAGUGAAGAAGUUUAUGACUUGAUGAUGAAAGAUUAUAAUGUUCAAUAUAAGGAAUAUAUUGCCCACUUACAGGAGAAACAAAAGAAAGUCAUCAGAGAGAAACACAAGGAAUAUAGUGCAGCCAAGUUAGACAAAUCAAAGAUUGAAGCUUAUUCAAAGAAAGCUGCACGGUCAGCUGCUGAGUUCAACGCCAGUUUAAUGAGGGACAAGAAAGAGGAGAGGAAAGCAUACUUUGACCUGCAGACUUUUACCAUCCACUUCCCAAAGAACAAGUUCAAAACCCUCCCCCCUCAGUACACAAAAGUUGGAGCAUAUCCAGUUUCAUUAGUUGCUGGUCAGUAUCAAGAGUAUUAUAAAAAAUUCAAGCCAGAAGAACUCAAGUAUUUACCUGUGAAAACAGUUUUACAAGACCCACCUAGGCUAACCAAGUACAUCCGACCUCCUCCAUCAGGUGUUAAAGUUGUCAGCACAGAGAAGCAGAAAAUAGCCCCUGGCUCUGAUGGUGAGGGCAGCAGUAGCAGUGAGGACGAGGAGGAUGGCCUGGAGAGCCUAGAGCUGCUGGACAGUGAAGCUCUAGAGACCAGGACACCUGUGCUAGAUGAUGGGGCCAUCAAGUUUGAGAAGAGAACCAAGUCCUCGCUGAAGAAGAAAGCAGCAAAGUUGGGAGUGUCGCCCGACAAGCUGAAAAAACUUGGGAUAAAAAAAUUAAAGGACGUAGAAAUGGACGACAGAGCUAGUCAAGAUGGUGAUGAUAAAGAUAGUCCUGGGGGCAGUAAGAUGCCUGCGAAAAUUCAUGGACUGGAGAAGUGUAGAAUUUGUAAGAAAAGAUCUACCAAGGAAGAGAGGAAGGCUGGGAAACUGGUCAAGUGUGCUGAGUGUGGGAAAAUAGGUCACAUGAGUUGUCUUGACCUGACAGAAGAGUUGGUGGCUGUGAUAAAGACAUACCCCUGGCAGUGUAUGGAGUGUAAGACUUGCAUUGAAUGUCUGGACCCAUAUGAUGAGGAUAAAAUGAUGUUCUGUGACCGCUGUGAUCGAGGCUACCACACUUUCUGUAUUGGUCUGUCUGCUCUACCCACUGGUCACUGGGAGUGUAAGAGCUGUGAGGGCUUUCCUAAAAUAACUCCUAAACAUCAGCACCAUAGGAUUGCUUUAGAUUUUCCUCAAGCUGUCCCUUACCUGAAGCCAGAGCUGGAGAUUAAGCUGGAGGAUGAAGUGGCGCCACCUGUGUUUGAGGAGAAGAUGGAGAAGAUGGACACCUCCCUGUGUCAGGUGGUGGAGCCCCCUCUCAAGGUGGGCAGGAAGGGAGAUUUGAUCUCUGAGACACCCAUCAAGGUGGGUAGGAAGGGAGAUUUGAUCACUGAGACACCCAUCAAGGUGGGCAGGAAGGGAGAUUUGAUCACUGAGACACCCAUCAAGGUGGAAAAAAGGGGCAGGAAAAGAAAGUUGGUAGAUGGACCACCAUCAGAGCCUAAACCAACUCCUGAGAGGAUUAAAGGAGAAAGACAGAGUCGGAGGUUGAAACUAAAGGAAGAGGAGGAGGAAGAGAAGAAGAGGAAAGAACUUGAGAGCAAGAGUGAGAAGAAAGUCAAGAAGAGGAAAAAGAUGAAACCCGGGGAGGAAGUGGUUGUUUUAUCAGAUGUCAUAAGCAGUCAGCACCAAGACGACAUUGAUGACAGCAUUGACAUGGUUGAGCUGACCAGCUGUGAUGUGACACCAGCUGUGACAGAUGAGUCUGACAUGUUAGCUGACACCGUAGCGACCAACCAAUGCUCCCUUGUGUCCCUGUGUGAGCCAGCUGUUGAAGGUAACUCUGAUGUUGUGCAGGAGUUACUGCCCACACCUGCUGAGGGGGACAUCUUGUCUGUACCAGCAGCCAGUGACUCCCCCAGCCCAGCUGUACCUGCGGAGGACCUACUGCCACUGACAGGUGUACCUGAUGACCCCAGCAACAUCCCUCUGGUGACAAGCUUGGGUGGAGAGUUAUUGCCACCCAGUGGCUCUGUUGAUGUUCCCAUGGUGGAGCAUACCGUGGAGGGUGGUCUAGCCGAGGAUGUGGGUGGGUUAACCAGCCCACUGACCACAGUCCCCCUGCCCACCUCAGCUGACCCACAAGCCAACCCCCAGCUGCAGCAGGUGAUCCCCCUGUGUCCAGCACCUGCCCAAGUUCCAGCCCCACAGACCCCCACACAACCAAGUGAAGACUUGACUGUACCUGGUGCAGAUGUCAGUGUCACAAAUGUGACUGUACAAAAUGUGACAAGUGUGGCAGUGCCUAGUGAAGAGCUCCCUGCAGGAAGUGACCCCUGUUUGGAGGGUCAACAGCCAGGAACCCUGCCAGAUACAGCCCUGUGUGAGACAGCUGCCGCUGAUGUAAACACUAGCUAGUCCUUUAGUCAACACCUGCUCUGUUGACUGAUGUAAACACUAGCUAGUCCUUUAGUCAACACCUGCUCUGUUGACAGAUGUAAACACUAGCUAGUCCUUUAGUCAACACCUGCUCUGUUGACUGAUGUAAACACUAGCUAGUCCUUUAGUCAACAUCUGCUCUGUUGACUGAUGGAAACACUAGCUAGUCCUUUAGUCAACACCUGCCCUGUUGACAGAUGUAAACACUAGCUAGUCCUUUAGUCAACAUCUGCUCUGUUGACUGAUGUAAACACUAGAUAGUCCUUUAGUCAACAUCUGCUAUGUUGACUGAUGUAAACACUAGAUAGUCCUUUAGUCAACAUCUGCUAUGUUGACUGAUGUAAACACUAGAUAGUCCUUUAGUCAACAUCUGCUCUGUUGACUGAUGUAAACACUAGCUAGUCCUUUAGUCAACAUUUGCUCUGUUGACUGAUGGAAACACUAGCUAGUCCUUUAGUCAACAUCUGCUCUGUUGACUGAUGCAAACACUAGCUAGUCCUUUAGUCAACAUCUGCUCUGUUGACUGAUGCAAACACUAGCUAGUCCUUUAGUCAACAUCUGCUCUGUUGACUGAUGCAAACACUAGCUAGUCCUUUAGUCAACAUCUGCUCUGUUGACUGAUGCAAACACUAGCUAGUCCUUUAGUCAACAUCUGCUCUGUUGAAUCUCCUCUGAAAUGUGCAACAUUUUUAUUAUGUACAAUAAUGUACAAUCAUGUACAAAGUUGUCCGAUGGUAAUUAUCUAACUGCUAUAAUAUGAAUAGUUUUUUUAUAAUUUGUUUUAUACUCUUGUGGCCAAUGUGAUGUGACUAAUAUCUAUUGUAUGAUUAUUGUUGAUACAAUAACACUUCAGAAGACUGUCUACAUUAUUAAAAACUUGUAUAACUAGGCUGUUAAGUCAAGAAAACAUGCAUCAAUUAAUUUUGCUGUAGAAUAAAAAAUAAUUGAUUAUAUUAUUUGAUGUGCAGAAAUUUUUUUUAUUUCUUUGCACUAUCUUAAUAAUGGAUGCUUGUUUUUCUGUGUGUACAAUA